UGUACCUGCACGGUACUUGACGUUACCACAAAUCAUAAACGUCAGUACAAGGUUGUUGGAUACACUUAGGUUUCUGUCUUGAGCGUUUCCAUGUGUCUUUGUUAUUAGACGCACCGACAGUGUUGAGCUCCGGAGUGACAGCAGCAUCAUGGCAUCUGAAGGCCCUGUUAUGAAUGGUGACAUAUCUUGUUCCCCAAGUCAGUCUGGCACACUGGAGGAAACCCUGCAGCAGAUGAACAUCCUUAUCCAGGAGAACCGCGACCUGAAAGAGGCCCUGCGUCAGACCAACCUGACAAUGAAGGAGCGGUUUGAGGGCCUGUCUGUGUGGCGGGAGAAGCAGCGGGAAGAGCGGGACUUCCUGGAGAGAAGGCUGGAGGAAGCUCGUGUACGCAUAGAGGUGUUGACCCGCCACAACAAGGACCUGAGCAGGAGGCUUGAGGAGUCUGGAGGUGCAGGAGAAGCUCUAGCAACAUCAUCAGAGCUGGAGGCCCUGCGUGCUCAGGUCGCUCGGCUGCAGGCAGAAAAGAACGAUCUGGUGGCUAUGAACUCUGAGUUGCGGCUCAAGGCGGACGAGUCGUCUGACUCGUUCAUUGAGAUCAUCAAGGUGUCGGAUGAUGGCAGCGGUGGUGCGAAAGAAGUGUGCAGCACAGAGCGCAGCAGUCUGGACCUGAGCAUGACGGCGUCCCGGCUGGACAACAAGGAAGUGACAGUGAGCCAGCUGAUUCAGUCGCUGAGGAACGAGACUCAGCGUGGUGAUCAGCUGCAGGCAGAGCUGCAGGACUUUGCUUCUAGAAUUAGAGAGCUGGAGAAGAGGAAGAGCAACAAAGAUGAAUCAAUACAAACAACCCAGCCAGACCCCAAGGAGGACAAGGCAGCGUCAGAGGUGGAGAAUCUCAAGUCUCAGAUGAUGACACUGUUCAAAGAGCUGCAGCAGGCGCAGACCAAACUAGAUGAAGCAGAAGGCAUGAAGAAGAACCUGCAGGACAAAUGCCGGGACGUUGAGCAGGACGUGACAACUCUGAGGGCUCAGCUGGUGGAGAAACAAUCUGUUCAGUCAGAGAAUGACCGGCUGAAGCUGCAGCUGGACAGCAUGCAGGCCCAGAGCCAGCUGGAGCAGAAGAAGGCAGGAGAGGAGAGAAACAACCUUGCCCAGCUGAAGGAUGCUUACACCAAGCUGUUUGAAGACUACAAUGAGAUCAAAGAGGAGAGGAAGAAGAGAGAGUCCCAGCUGGUGAAUAAGGGGGUGGUGGACGACCUGCAGGCCCGGCUGACUGCCGCUGAAGAAGCCCUAGCUGCAAAACAGAACAAGAUUGAUGACAUGAAGCAGGAGAUCUUUCAGAAAGAGAAGGAGCUGGAAACCAUAUCUGUGUUCCAGGCUCAGGCAGAGGUGUACUCCUCAGACUUCUAUGCCGAACGGGCAGCGAGGGAGAAACUCCAUGAAGAGAGGGAACGUCUGGCUGCUCAGCUGGAGUAUGUCAAGAAGCAAAAUGCCCAGAUGCAGGAUGAAAUGGAGUCACUGGGCAGGCAGUCAUUGAACGAGAUGAAGAUGAGACAUGUCUCACUUGGAGGAAAUCCACACGGAGCUGGUGCAUCUCUGGUUGGAAGAGGUACUGACUGGCAGCAUCAGGGCAACAUUCCUGAACAUGCCUGUCCCAAGUGCAACGAGAUCCUGCCAGACCUGGACUCUUUGCAGAUUCACAUCAUGGACUGCAUUAACUAGAUCUCGAUUGUUUCGAGUGUCUACGACAACAGCAGCCACUUCAGCACCCUCUGUCUGAGUCUUCCUCCACUUGAACCAAUACCUCUUCUCUGUCCGAUGUGACAAUACUCCUCAGAUACCCCACUACAAGACACUUUGUUUUUUUCCCCAUGAUAAAAUCAUCCACAGUUUGCUGUGUAUGUGAAAACUGCUGAAAACUGUCAUGCUCUGUUUGUCGUUAUGAUGACUGGAACAGAGGCAAAAGAUGGAACAAUUUAAGGAAGAGCAACUAACGAGAUGUCAGAUUUACUGCUGUCUCCCUGUCACAGUUAAUCAAAAUUAAGGCUUUACAUAUAGUAUUUAUUUAUAAAGUUAGCUGCUUAUGGCAUUUUCCUCAUCAAAUUACAAAAAAUUUGAAAACAACUGAAAUGAUAUUUUAGCUUUUCACUAGAUUUUGGUGAAGGUGCACCAUGUAGUCAUUUUACUUUGAAGAUUUAGGAGAAGACUUAUUUUAUUCUCGCAAAUGCCUUUCUAUGAUUGUAUGAUACACUGUAUAUACAGGGGUCACCAACACCCUCCUGAUUAAUGUGCUCUGUAUGUGCAAUUCUGUGAAUACAAAUAAAAUGAUUCGCAAACA